UGACGAAAGCAACAAACAGUCCGUAAUUAUGUUUGAGUUGCCAACAGAAUUGACAGCUAAACCACUGGCUCUUAUUGGCCUAACUGGUUUAGAUAUUGCAAAUCCAGUGCAUCGUUCUAUUUGGGAUGCAUUUAGUAAUAAUCGCAGAUUGGAAAAUUCUGUGAUCCAGUUUAAGUUACUAAGCCCUACACAUGAGUUUCCUACAGUCAAACCAAAGCGUAAUUCAUACGAGUGGUACAUACCUAAAGGAAUAUUGAAACGUAAUUGGAUGAACAAAUACCUUAAUGAAAUUCCAGCAGUUGUUGUUGUAUUUUAUGAUUUAGAUUGGAAUGAUCCACAGUGGAAUGACAAAAAAAUGGAAUGUGCUUCUAAAGUACAAACACUUAGGAAUGCUUUGGAAGGCAGAAGCACAAAAAUAGCUGUAGUACUUAUACAACAUUGUACUCAGCCUCCACCAGGAUCUGAGGAUGCUUUAGCAACUGAAAGGGCUACAGCUGUUUGUGGAGCAUGUGAACUACCACCGAAAUUGUUGUACAUUCUACCUCAUGGAAAUCAUUUAUUAGGCUACACAUCUAGAUUGGAAAAUGCAUUAUAUGACUUAGCACAGAGUUUUUAUCAUCAUGAAUAUCGUAUUAUCAAAGGACACAAAGAUCAACUUAAUAAAACUGUACAUCAACAUUUAUUUGUACGUCAUCAAUUCAAAAUGGCAUUCUUAAAUGAAUUAAAGCAAGAUCAAAAUAUUGCAAAGAAACAUUACGAACAAUCAUAUAAUAAUUUGUCUGAAAUCAAAAUGACAGACACAAAUGCAAUGGAAAUGAAAACUGUUGCUUGUUUUAUCAACUAUAAACUAUGUAAAAUAAUGUUUAAUUUAAAUGUUCCUAAAGAAGCUAUAUCACAAUUUAGACACCAUACCGACAGAUUCAAACCAAGAACUGGUCCAAAGGAACUCAUAUUCGAACAUCAUGCAUGGAUGUGCAGUCAGUUUUCGACAUUUGCUGAAUUAUUUGAUGAAGCUAUACGACAGGGACUUCCAGCUGUUCAAACUCAACACCCUGGUUAUUAUUUUCAAUUAGCAGCUCAGCAUGCAGGCUUAAGGCUAACAGCUUGCAAGGAAUUCUGUCAGAAUAUUAGUAGUUAUCCAAAUCCAGAUCCAUUAGCUGGAGAAGACAAAUUGGAAUUUUAUGGACAACGGCCAUGGCGUCCUGGAAAACUAAGCGCUGAGCCUGCAGACCCAGGAAAAGAAGCAAUUGCCAUACAGGCUUUACAGUACAAAGAAAAAUAUACAGUUGAUCAUUCAAAAAUCAUUAUUGCUUUAUUGGGAAAUGCAAUUUCGCAGUUUAAAUUAUACAGAUGUCCAAGGAUGAGAAGAGUAUUAGUGGUACAAAUGGCUGAAGAGUAUUAUAAUUGCAAGGAUUAUGGAAAAGUACUCACAUUAUUGAUGCACAUGUUGUGGGAAUAUCGUGGGGAACGGUGGCCCGUCUUAAUCACAAAUAUCUUGAAAAAUGCCUUGAGAGCUGCGUAUCUGUCCACAAGUAUUCAAGACUACAUCACAUUAGCGUUUGAAGCACUAGGACCCUCCACCACAUUCCCGGAAAACUACAAAGCUGCAAUGUACACCAAUAUUGUUAAUAUUCUCAAUAAGAAACCUCCAAAUCCGGAACCUAAUUUACCCGAUGAUGUGAAACUUCCAGCGUUAGAUAAGUGGGUAAUGGAGCUUAAUCAGUCAGAACCAAUUGUCUUUAAAAUUGAUGAUAAUAAUAUGAGUUCAUUUGUAGAAGUUAAAGCACGAUUUUUACAACCAAAGUACGCUAUUAAUUCUACUGUUAGCGUAGAAGUUAUUGUCAGAAAUUUGUAUAAUGGUAUUAUAGAAUUUUCUAAAGUAUCAAUUACAAUUGAUAGCCCCGGCUACUCGUCAGAAUUCAUUAUUGCCGAUGCUCAAAGUAGUAAUCUUAUUUUCAAUGCGAAAGAAACAAAGAAAUUUCUUUAUCAGUUUCAAGCAACGCAAACCACUGAUGGUAGCGAAAUACGCAUCACUACUAUUUCAUUAUACAUGGGUAAUGAUACUGUUUGUUGUAUACUUUUGAGGUUCUCCGCUGUGGGAAAAGAAACAAAUUUUUUGAGUCAACUAUAUCCUGAGAUUCAACAGUUUUGUAGAGGAGAAUUUGAGACGAUGCAACCGCUAGUCAGUGCAGAAAUCACACAAGAAGAAUCUAGUCUUAGCAUAAGUGCAGAAUCCAACAACCCAGCACUUUUAGGAGAAUGGCUUCCUAUUCGAAUAUCUGUUACAGCUAAUGAAAAUAUAUUAUCAGCAGUCUUAAACGUAUCACUUGUGUCUGAUAUGGCACAUGAACAAUCUACGGAAUUAAGCUUGACUAUGGUUAACAAACAAUCAGUAAUAUCAAUACCAAUUGAUAAUUUAGAAAAGAGUAGCAGUAGUAAUCAAACAGUGUACUUAAGAGCUCAUAAAGUUGGUGAUAGAAAUAUCCAUAUAAAGGUUGAAUACUCAAACUCUGAACAAAUAAAGGGAAUUAAGGAAUUAACAUAUUUACUGUCAGUCGCGAAACCAUUUGAAGUAUCAACGCUAUUUUACACUACACUGUUUGAACCAUUAACAAAAGGUUUCAUUAAUGAACCCUUUAUAAUAAUGCCGCACAUUUCUUGUGUUUCUCCAUGGCCUAUAAACAUUAUCGGUACUUCUAUAGAGUUGGGAGAUUCUAUAGAAAGAGAGAAUAGAGAUGAAUCGGUAUCCGUUUUAGCUGGUAUUACACUAUCCGAGGGUGAAACCGGAACAGAUUCUUACUGUCUGAUACCAAAAAUUGGUAGCGAGCAACCUGUUAGUACAGGAGUAUACACCAUCAAGUGGAAACGUACUAAUAGUGAAAAUGCGUUGGAAACUAGUAGUAGCGUAACGUUAGCUCCUUUGUGGGUUGAAGAUGCGGUAAUUGGCCUGGAAGCCAAGUUACCACCUCACGGUUGUGUUCGAACACCGUUACUGGUAUCGUACUUCAUAAAGAAUCAUUCUGAUUAUAUGAUUACAUUACGAUUAACUAUGGAACCUAGUGAUGCGUUUAUGUUUGCUGGCCAGAAAGAAGUCGACGUUUACAUACUUCCGAAAAAUAAAAGAAAGGUUGAAUGGAUUCUACGUCCACUUGUAGCAGGUUUUGUACAACUUCCGACGCUAUCUUUAGCCGUUCCUUCUGAUGAAGAACAUAAAGUAAGUAAAGCACGUAUUUCGGAAGUGAUAGAGCGAUCAGUACCAAGUCAUAUAUACAUUCUGCCGACAUCGCAAACCUUAGAAGAAUGAAUUAACCAAUAGGGGGAGGCUAAUCAGAAAGAAAUUUUAUUGUCAUCC